AUGGCACAACCGACACCUUUCGUCCUUAAGUGGGGAAUAGUAUCAACUGGCAAGAUCGCUGCUUGUUUCGUCAGGGACCUUUUGAUCGACCCAAAGACACGAGACGUACAUGACGUCGUACACAAGAUCGUCGCCGUCGGCUCACGCAGCGUCGACAGUGCACGCAAGUUCAUCGACGAUGAGAUUAAGGAUAGCUCAGUGAAAGCGUACGGAUCGUAUGACGAGCUCUUCGCUGAUCAAAACGUCGAUGCUGUCUACAUCGGCACACCCCACACCCUCCACUACACCAACUCCAAAUCCGCACUCCUCGCAGGCAAACACGUCCUCUGCGAAAAACCCGUAACUUCCAACUCCGCCGAACUUCGCUCCCUCCUCACCCUCGCAAAAGAGAAAAAAAGAUUCUUCAUGGAAGCGCUAUGGACGAGGUUCCAGCCACUUGUGAAUGAGUUGAAGAAAGUUGCCGAAGAGGUGGGUGGGGAUGGAGAGAGGAAGUUGGGUGAUCCUGUUGUUAUGCAUGCGGAUUUGGCGGGGGAUUUUGAUAUUGAGGAUAUACCUAAGACGCAUAGGAUUUUGGACCCGAAGCUGGGUGGAGGUGCGCUUCUUGAUCUUGGCCCAUAUCCAAUGGUCUGGGCAAUCAUAGCAAUGUACGAACACCCCAAGAACAACCGCUCACGCCCAAGCAACAUUACCGGAUCCAUGCUCAAAACACCUCUCACAGACGUCGACCUCAGUACAUCCUUCACACUCACCUUCUCUCCCUCCUCCUCCUCCUCCCAAACAAAUCAACAACUCCUCUCUCAAGCAAUACUAACAUGCAACAUAACCCUCCCCCCACUCUCCCCCUCAGGCGUCAUCAUCCGCUACCGUAACGGCACCAUCCACGUCUCCCCACCCAUCUUCUCCCCCCGCUCCUUCACAGUCCAGUAUUUCGACAAACCGGGCUCGGGAACCGUCAUUCGUGAAGAGAAACAUGAAGUCCAAUACAUUGGCGUGGGGUGGCAUUUUCAGGCUGACGAAGUAGCGAAGUGUGUGAGGGAUGGGAAGGUGGAGAGUGGUGUGUGGAGUCAUGAGAUGAGUUUACUUGAGAUGGAUGUGUUUGAUGAGGUUAGAAGACAGGGUGGGUAUGUGUUCCCUCCGGGAGUUGAGCAGGUUGUGUGAUAUCUGUCUAGUGUAAGUGCGAGACGCGGAUUGGAUGGAAGGAAAGGAAGCACAUAACAGAACUUAAUUGGUUGUAUUAUCAUAGGAAUAAC